UGUCAACAACAAACACACAACGUAUAAAGAAUAUGGAGGAUUAUGUACAUAUGUUUACAAUGCUGAUGUUUGGUGUCAAUGUGUGUUUAAGCUCUACUACCGUGGACCCCAAUAUGUGUAGCUUAGGUAUAUGCUGUUCAGACUAUAUCCUUGAAGGAGAUCGGUGUAUAGUGUGUCCAAGUGGAAGACAUGGCAAACAUUGUAGCAUAGUCUGCCCUAAUGGAUUUUUCGGACAGAAGUGUCAGAACAAAUGCCCAUCAGAUUGUAACAACACCUGCAAUAAAGUAUCUGGAUCUUGCCCAGGCCAAAGACAAGGCAACAAUACAACAAGUUACACUAAAGAUAAUCCAACAACGAAUGAUUUUGAGAAACAAUUAGCAAAUUUCCUAGGAGAAAACCUGUGGAUAAUAAUUGGAGUAACAUCGAUAUUUGUUUCUAUUUCCUUCAUCGGGGCGUUAAUAUACUGCGAAAUCUGCAAACGGAAAAAAGAAGAAGUCACAACAACAUUCCAAUCAGAUCAAAACUCACAACAGUUAAACGGUUUAAGAUAUGAAAGCGAUAGCGUUUUUCGCAACAAUUCAUCUACCUUACAACCGCCUCCUAGAAUUCACGAAAACACUACGCCAACGGGAGAUAAUGCAGCUACGCGACCAGAAUGUGAAUAUAGUAAAUCCAAAAAGCGUUAUAGUCUCGUUAAAAAAAUAACUAUUUCGCGGGAAAUGACGUCACACUCAGAGUACAGCGACGAAAAUGAAGACAUGUAUGACAGUGAUGAAUUUGACGACAGUUUUGAUGCUUGUAAAAAAGUUCAAAUUUCAGAUCUUCCAAAGAAAGAUUCCUUUAAAACGUUUCAAUCCGAAAAUAUAAAACCAAAGGAAACUUAUGGAAAAGUAUGGCUUUAGCAAUAUCUAUGGACUAGCAAUUUAUAAUAAUUUCGAAUUGUCUUUGCAGUGCUACAAGAACUCAAUUUUUUCAGAAAAGAAAC